CCCAGGCAACGCGGCGCAGGGCCUCAGGGAGGUGCCUUCAAGCGAUGCGCCCCCAGACACAAACGUCUGCCCGGCAACUCCGACCGGCUGGCGAAAAGUCACCGUGACGGUCUGCCCCCCUCAGGGCCCGGCCUCUACCCGCUGUCCCCAAGAAGGCGGCUCGGUGCAAGCGGCAGGCCACAGGCCAGCCCUCCCGCCUCCGCAGGCCUGGUCCUCGCCCCUCCCAGGUCGCCCUGGAGUCAGGCGCGCUCCAUCCCGCCGCCCCUCCGGGCCGCGCCCCUUAGCUGCCCCGGCCCUGCCUGCGGCCUUCCUCGGGAGCGGCGCGGGACUCCUUGGCGCCUUCGGAGACUUGGCGAGGCCGCCGCGCUCUGACGACCCAGCCUGCGGCCCUUGCCCUGCCAGCGAAACCACCCGCUGCAUUUCAUUUCGUUCGUGGAUUUUAUUUUUUCGAUAGGCUGAAAUUUGGUGGGUUGCGUUAAACGCGGGACCUCCGCGAAGAGGACCCAUUUAUUAUUUUCCCCUGUCCAAAAUGGCAGCCUCCAGCCGUGCACAGGUGUUAGAUCUUUACCGGGCGAUGCUACGAGAAAGCAAGCAUUUCAGCGCCUACAAUUACAGAACAUAUGCUCUCAGGCGGAUAAGAGAUGCCUUCAGAGAAAAUAAAAAUGUAAAAGAUCCUGUAGAAAUUCAAACCCUAGUGAAUAAAGCCAAAAGAGACCUUGGAAUAAUUCGUCGGCAGACCUUUAUUAAGGGGAUGAAGACACCAAGAGAGAGCGAGCCAUGGAAGCAAGAAGCCGAAAGCAAGAAAGCCCCAGAAGGAGAAGGGAGAGACCAGCAGACACCGCCAUGUGCCUUGCCGUUUACAGAGGAAUCCAGGAUUGCCAGCAGCCAGUCUUCAGGAAGAAAGCAUCACCUUGAAGGGUGCCUUUAUUUGGACAUUUUUCUCAGCCUCAAAACGUAAGCUUGUAAGCUAAUAAAUAGCAAUUGUUAAAAGCCAACCCGUUUUAUAGUCUCUGCUUUGAGCACCUUAGCAAACUAAAAUAAGGGUCUACCUGUUUAUUCCAGUAAACUUCCCUUUCAGAACUUCCUUUGGUUUCAGCUUACAGUGCGCAUAAGAAAGCUGAAUAGUAGCACAGCCUCUUUCUUCUUACUUGACUCUGGAAGACUUUCACUGUUUCCAAAAUGUAAAUGUACCCUCAAAGAAUAAAACUUUGGCAACAUAGAUAUCAUGCAAAGGAAUGUAUGAGUUAUUCAUUCAAUAAAUAUUGAAUAUCUACUGUGCUGCCAAGUGUUCUGCUAGACACUUGGGAUAUGUAUGAGAUGAAAAGGCAAUUCCAGUCCUUACUCUUAAACUGCUGACAAUCUUGGGAGAAGACAUUCCUACAAACAAUUAAAUUACACAGUGAGAAGAGUGGCAUGUGUUGACCAGAGUGGAAGCCUAGGGCAAGGAAUGACUUUCCAGAAAUGUCUUGAACAAAGACACCCUCCCUGGAAUGCAUUCUAAUAGCCCAAAGUGACAGGAAAGUAUUGAGGUCUAGCAUAUUUCUUGAAAUAAAUCUGUCUUCAUUUCCUGCUCGUCACUUCUCAUCUCUACAUAAAGGCACUUCACCUGACUUGUUUGCAGUAGUACAAAAUGGACACUGUUACCCUGUGGGCACUUGUUCUUU